AUGGCCUAUAAGAUCCCAGUUGUUUUGCUAAUAUUACCGGUUAUCGUGGCUGUUCUUCUCUACCAACUCGAUACCUUCGAUCCGGUUCCAUAUCCCGACCACGAGUUGACUCCAAAGCAGCCCCUGUUUGUGCCUAAGAGAAACAGUCACAUGCUUCAUGGCUCAGAAAAAAUCGGGGUUGGUCAGCUGCUGGGCCCAGAAGAUAUAGCUUAUGAUCCUAUCACAGGAGUUAUAUACACCGGUUGUGCCGAUGGGUGGAUCAGCCGAGUUAUGGUUAACGAGUCAGCAGCUGACUCGAAGGUGGAGAGAUGGGUCAACACCGGUGGCAGACCACUUGGACUUGUUCGUGGACAUCAUGGUGAACUCAUCGUAGCAGAUGCUGUAAAGGGGUUAAUAAAUGUGAGUCGAGAUGGUACAAUGGAGUUGCUGACUGAUGAGGCUGAGGGUCUAAAAUUUAAGCUAACAGAUGGCGUUGAUAUUAAUCUUGACGGCGUUCUCUACUUUACUGACGCUUCUUACAAAUACGCUUUCAAUGAGGUUUUUUUGGAUGUAUUCGAGGGCAGACCCUAUGGCAGAUUCAUGAGUUAUGAUCCUUCCACCAAACAAACCACAGUGCUGCUACGGGACUUGUAUUUUCCAAAUGGUGUUACGGUUUCAGCUGAUCACGAUUCUGUUAUAUUCUGCGAGAGUGUCAUGACAAGAUGUAAGAAGUACUACAUAAAAGGUGAGAAAAAAGGAUCCGUGGAUACAUUUAUCGAAAAUUUGCCUGGAGUGCCUGACAAUAUUCGAUAUGAUGGAGAAGGCCAAUACUGGAUUGCAUUCCCCACGGGAGUGACAUACUUUUGGAGUUUGUCUCAGAGGUAUGCUUUCCUCCGUAAGGUGACGGUGAUAAUGAUAAAGUACAUAGGCCUACCACCACAUCUCCAGAAGAAUGGAGGGAUUUUUGCUGUCGAUUUGGAUGGAAAGCCAGUUGCACACUAUUAUGAUUAUGAUCUAUCUAAAAUCACAUCCGGCAUCAAAAUCGGGGAGCAUUUGUAUUGUGGUGCCUUAGAAUCGCCAUACAUCACGCGCCUUAACAUAAGCCAAAAUUUGAAUGUUCUACACAGGCAGCCAACUGUUGCCACACUUCUUGCGGUGCCAUGUAUUUUAGGUGUUGAUUUAACUGAUGUGCAUCUCUUGGAGUUUCUUCAACAGACAUCACUCUGUUUUCAGUGUGCUCAUGGACGACCUACUACUGUUCCACUUGUUGAGUUGGAUGUCUUGCACAAUCUGAUUGCUAAGCUUGGUUCAUGUUCCUCUGGUUCGCAAGAGUCAUGGCAUGGGUUGUUUCAGCAUGGACUCAGUUUAGAACGUGCCAGAAAGCGCCUCAACAUUUCCUGA